AUGGAGAGAUCCUUAUCAUCAUCAUCAGAAGAGAGAGAGAAGACCGUCGAGGCGUUCGGAUGGGCGGCAAGAAACUCCUCAGGCCAUCUCUCUCCCUUUGUCUUUCCUAGAAGGGAAACAGGAGCAGAGGAAGUGAGAGUGAAAGUGUUGUAUUGUGGAAUAUGUCAUAGUGAUCUCCAUUGUCUCAAGAACGAAUGGCAUUCCUCCAUUUACCCUUUGGUUCCUGGGCAUGAGAUUGUUGGAGAAGUGAGUGAGAAAGGGAGCAAAGUAAGUAAAUUCAAUCUUGGAGACAGAGUUGGUGUUGGAUGCAUAGUAGAUUCCUGCCGCGCGUGCGAGAGUUGUCGUGACGAUCAAGAAAACUACUGCGCCAAAGCUGUCGCGACCUAUAACGGAGUUCACCACGACGGAACGAUUAACUACGGUGGAUAUUCUGACCACAUCGUCGUCGAUGAACGUUACGCCGUCAAGAUUCCACACACGUUGCCUCUAGCUUCGGCCGCACCUUUGCUUUGUGCAGGCAUCUCGGUGUACAGCCCUAUGAAGUACUUCGGAUUAGCCGGACCAGAUAAGCAUAUUGGAAUCGUGGGGCUAGGUGGUCUUGGACACAUUGGGGUGAGAUUUGCAAAAGCAUUUGGGACUAGAGUCACGGUGGUUAGCUCCACCCCAGGGAAAUGUAAGGAUGCUCUUGAAACUCUUGGAGCUGAUGGGUUCUUGGUUAGUACUGAUGAAGACCAAAUGAAGGCCGCAAUGGGAACUAUGGAUGGCAUAAUUGAUACCGUUUCUGCAUCGCAUUCGAUUUUACCUUUAAUUGGACUACUCAAAUCCAACGGUAAACUUGUUCUACUCGGUGCAAACGAGAAGCCAUUUGAUUUAUCUGCAUUUUCCUUAAUCAUAGGAAGGAAAUCGGUAGCGGGAAGUGGUAUAGGAGGAAUGAAAGAGACACAAGAGAUGAUUGAUUUUGCGGCCGAGCAUGGCGUAAAAGCAGAAACUGAGAUCAUAUCCAUGGAUUAUGUGAACACUGCCAUGGAUAGACUCGCGAAAGGGGAUGUUAGAUAUAGAUUUGUCAUCGACAUCGCCAACACUUUGGCUUCUACUAGAUCGUAAUAUUGUUUUGGCAACGCUACUUAAUCCUCUUGUCUAAACUUGAUGUCAUAUGUGUAUUCAAAUCAACUUUAGUCUGGAUUUCAAUCCUAAUCUGUUUUCUUUCUUUUUAUAAAUGGAGUAUGGUCAUUGGUCAAGUGAAUGUAAUUCUAGUGAUUAUGAUUUGAAAGAAAUUUCAAAAGCUGUAUUGAGGGAUGUACUGAGGAUAUUGAAUUAUAUGAACCGAACGUAAGGGCAAAACACGUUUUAAAUAUGAAUAUA